UGAGAGGCACCAGCACUCACAAGGCUCUGUCAACACUGCUGGUGACAGUCCAUGGCUGAACUGAAAGGGAAGAAUCCUCCCUGAGCCAGCAAGUCACUGAAGGUGCAAAAAUAACCUGGUGAGGAAGCAGGGACAACAGCUGGUGAUGCUAACUAAGACAAAAGGACACAAAAUGCCUUUGUCUGCACUGCACACAGAUGACCAUGUUAUCUGCACCUACUUUAUCUGUAGUCUAUUAUAUGUCCACACUAUCUGCAAUGUUUUAUCCAGCAACAGCAAACACAGCAGUUUUCAGCCUGAAAUUCCUGGAGUGGGGGUGAGCAUAAGAACAGCCUCCAGUGCUGUGCAGGAAACAAACUGAAAUGGGAACUAUAAUUGGUACCAGAAGGUACCUGCCCUUUCAGGUUCCUCAUGAGGGGGUCGCAGAAGCAAUCACUAGGCUUUCCAAACGAGAGGCCUAGCAGCAAAUUCACCUGGCAGCUUCCAGAUGUGCAGUGGUGGCUGCAAGCUGUACCAUGCACAGCAUCCCGGCUGGAAAUGCUGCUCAGUACCCCAGUGAAACCUCAUUACUGCCAAUUCCCGGGCUCACCAAGGUACACACCUGCCAAAAGCCACAAGGUGUAGAUGUUUAGAAGACAUCGCCUUUGGAAUAAUCUGCAUGAGAAUCAGACCCAGCUCCAUCGCCCAAGCUACCUGGUCAGGUUUCCAAGGCUCCAGUGUCCAGCCUAGAGAGGCAAGUCCAAGCUUUCUCCCCCCAGCACCUCAGUUGCCAGCUCACAUGCACAGAGAAGAUGAGAAGGGUCCACUGGAGUGAACUGUGUUCGGCAUGUUUCUCUUCCAGGUUAUGCUGCAGGGAAUUGCCUCAGGCUCAAAAGAAUAUUUACAGUCCAGUGAACUUCAAACCUUCACCCCUGAGCCAAGAUCUUUGAGGAGACCUGUGGAGAAGGACAGAACAAAAGAGGUAUUUCAUCAGCACUAAGAAACACAAACACUAGUGUGAAACAAGGAAUUCUGAAAGCGUGAGGAGUGCAGCUGCAUAUAGCACAUGCACGUGCUGGCUGGAUUGCUGACUUUGUGACCAUCUCUGCAGGCACCUAUAAAACUGUCCUUCCUUCUUCCAGCCAAGUACCUGUGACAGCAACGGCCCAUUUGCCACAGUGACUGUGAAAACCUUCUCAUGCAUUCUAGGUUACCAAAGGCAAACUUCCAAAGCCAGCUCUUCUGGUCACCAAGAACAAAGUUUAUUACAUUUGUAGAAACCCUGUGUGUGUGAAAGAAGACUGAACUCAGCCAAUAGGCUGAACGAUUCGUGGCCAGGAAGCUGUUUCUGAGAACAUGCUGCUUACCCACCUUAAGAAUAUCAGCAGCUUCUUUUAUGAGGGAGCUUUGCCAGCAGGACGGACCAGCCCCAAAGGAUGGACCUCGGGGUGUAGGCAGGUUACAGUGCUCUGUGCCACAGGCAGGGUGCUCCUCCAAGCUGCCUGUGCUCCCUCUGCCAGCACCUGAGCACCCAGGGAGAGGAGAGAAAAGCCUCUGGCUGGUGAAGUGAGGUGAGGAGUAGAGAUGAGGGUUGGGAAGGUGGGAGCAGGGUUGAGACCUAGGCAGGAGCGGGGAGGAGGAGAUGAACAACAACUAAACUGAUCAGCACCAGGGCAGAGGGGAACCCAGUGAAACCCAGGGACAGAGAGAAACUCUGAGGAUGUGGUAGGUGCUGAUACAGCCAUGAAAAUACACCUGUGGAACCUCCACCACGUCCCGAGCACUGGCUAUACCCACCACUUCACAGCAAAUCCCACAGCAGAGCGGGUGACAGCAUCUAUCCUAUGAAGACUUUUCUACUGGCAGAACAGUCAGCACAACUGUGUUGGAGCAAACAGGGACAAUCUUCCUCAGGCAAAGCCAUACUAUCGACCCCCACAAUAUGACCUCUAAUUAUUUUAUUGGUGCAAGCAUGGUAAUAACUUACUCAAAACCACAUCAGAUAAAGCAACUGGGUCCCUGCCAUCCAGAGAACCAACAGAACCUGCCGAAGACCUGCACGGAGGAGAGUGUGCAGGCCAGAAGUUUUUGAACAUUUAAGGAUACAAACCAUGCAUCCUUAAAAAACAUGUUUAGUUAAACAAAUCUUUCUGCUAGCAGUUAGCAGUGAGAUGAAUGAGUGGUGUAAGGAUAAUGUGAUUAGCAAUAGUGGCACAUGACAGAUGCUAAUGAACAGAGCAGUUCAAGAUACAGUCAAUGAGCAGCUCCCCAUGACCCGGCUUCGGUGAGUGCUUGAGCCCAGAACCCCCGUGUGCUGGGCUGCACCCCCAGAGCGUGAGCUCUGGGGUCGAGGGAGGGAAUUCUCCCCCUCUGCUGCGCUCUGGGGAGACCCCCCCUGCAGUCCUGAUCCAGCUCUGGGGCAACAACACAAGAGGGACGUGGAGCUGUUGGAGCGAGUCCAGCUGAUUCUCCAGAGGUGCCAUCCCGGGCUCGGCAGCGCCAGAGCCGCAGGAGCUCACGAUACUCCACGGUGCUCAGGAGGAGAGCGGAGAGCGCAGCAGGUCCCUGCUACAGCUCGUCUGCAGUCGCGACAGCAGCGACAGAGGUAACGGAGCCAGAAGAGUCUAAUGAACAGGCGGCUGCGCGGAGCCGAGGGCUGGGAGCCGAGACCGCGUCCCCCCGCACAGGCAGAGCCGGGCCCUCCCGGGCGGGCGCACCCGCUCCGGCCGCAGGACCCGCCGCUUCUCCAGAGCCUCCCGGCCGCAGCCACCCCUGGGUCCCUCCCCGCGGGGCUCCAGCAUCGCGGGAACGGCACAGCGCGCCGCACUAUCGGCCCCGCCGCUCCUCGGCCCCAGCACGAUCGUUCCGCCGAUCACGGGGCGUGUGUUGGGGCGGCACAAGGGGCGCUGUGAGCGGCGGCGCCAUGAUCUGCCUGGUGCUGGGCCUGUUCGCCGGCCUCUUCCACAGCGGCUGCGGCAGGAUCAACGAACGCACCUUCGUGGCCAUCAAACCGGAUGGGGUGCAGCGGCACCUGGUCGGGGAGAUCAUCCGGCGGUUCGAGCAGAAGGGGCUGCAGCUGGUGGGGAUGAAGCUCCUGCAGGCCUCGGAGGAGCUGCUGAAGGAGCACUACAUAGCCCAUCGUGACCGACCCUUCUAUCCCCGGGUGGUGAAGUACAUGAGCUCCGGGCCCAUGGUAGCCAUGGUCUGGCAGGGCCUGGACGUGGUCAAGACCGUUCGCACAAUGAUUGGGGAGACUAACCCAGCUGAUUCCAGGCCUGGCACCAUCCGAGGAGACUUCUGCCUUGAAGUCAGCAAGAAUGUGAUCCAUGGCAGCGACUCGGUUGAGAGCGCCCAGCAGGAGAUCAACCUGUGGUUCCGGCCGGAGGAGCUGACCUGCUGGCAGGACACAGCCGAGCACUGGAUCUAUGAAUGAGAAGUGCAAGCCAAGAGGUUACAUCUUCCUGACCUGGCAUGGAGCAUUCCCAUCCAUGUCAUCUCAGCUGCUUGGGCUGGCUGUGGAUCCUGCUGUGGGAAUUGCUGUGCUGUGUGUGGCUGGAGGGGUCAUGGAAGCUGGUCUCUGGAUGAAAGAUCUGGUUCAGCUCCCUGCAA